ACUCUUGUGACUUUGUGAGCUGCUGAAACUUUCUCUGACUCCAUCACUUCAGCAACUCUCUCUCUCUCUUCUUCUGCAAGUUUAUCGUCUUCUUCUUAAAUUCUGCAAUUUAAGUGUGAACCUCAAUGUUUGAACUAUUUGGUAGUCAAAAGGGGACUGCUUACUUCUUUGUAGAUAAAACUGCAAGAUAUGCCGAGUUGCUUGACCUUGAAAUCAUUGACCUCAUCUUCUGGAACCACAGUAACUAGCCCUACGCAUCAUCCAGGUGAAGGGAAUUCGUCACAGGGAACACCUACUACAUCUGGAACAAGUGCUGUACCUUCACCUACUGUCAAUCUCUCACAAGAGUAUGCACUUGCAGUUCAGACGAGUUCCUACAACGAGAUAUGGUCCAGGAUUCAUGUAGUUGAGCACUAUCAGAACAACGAGGCUGACCAGCAACCACAGCUUUUGUUGUCUCAAGUCCUUCAGCCUGAUCGUGAGGCUGUCAAUGAGGUGCUGCAGCAUGCCCCAGCCACCACUUUUACUCAACUCGUCACUGCUUACUUUGAACACAGUGAGGAAACAUGCCAGCUUCUCCUCCUCCUCCACCGUAAUAUUCAUCAUGCCCGCUCCUUGUAUGCCCAUGUACAUGACUUUGUUGACAUCCUACCUACUGACACAGAAUCUAUGACUGAAUUACAAUGCAAUCACGCCUUCGAUGUUCUUCUUCAGUUUGAACAGAAAGGGAACCCUUUCCCAUGCCCUGAUUCCAACAACUUUCAAGACAUGCGACUUUGCUUUUUCCAGCUCAAGCAACAGGUUGACCAGCGCCUUGAGAAGUCCCGUGGCAGGGUUCGUCGAGUACGCUGUGGCACCACCACAUCAGCAGUAUGUUUAAUUGGGGCAGCUGUUGGAGUUACUAUAGCAGCCAUUGCCAUUGGUGCUCAUGCAUUGGUCGCCCUGGUAGGCUUUUCCAGCUGCCCAAUAAUGUUCCCCUCGAAAAUUACAAAGAGGGAAGAAGCAAAUACGACACAGCUUGAUGCUGCAGCCAUGAGUGCUUUUGUGCUGCAUCAUUCUUUGGACACCAUUGAUCGCCUUGUCUCACUCCUACAUACUGAAAUCGAGGGGGAUAGGCUUUUGAUUCGCCGCGGGUUGGACUGGGGUAGGGAUAAGUACCUUACAUAUGAAGUGGUGAAGCAGCUAAGGAAGAACCGUGUAAGUUUAUUCGACCAGUUUACUGAUCUUGAGGAGAAAAUUUGCCUCUGCUUUUCUGCAAUUAACAAAACCAGAUCGCUCCUCCUCAAAGGGGUACCUCUUUAUCAGAUAUAGUCUUGACUCUAGCGUUCAUGUAGUUUAAUUUUAUUUAUUUAUUUUUUUUUUUUACAAAAAUGCCCACUUUUUGGGAUCUAUAAAAAAUGUCAUUAUUUUGUAAGUUUUCAAUAUUACAUGUUCUUAAUAACAGUCUUAACAGAUUAAGUGUACGAUAAUAUGUAGUAUAAUUACAACAUACUUGGUACAUUUUUUUAGUCAAAAUUGUCAAAAAGUAUUUUGUUCAUUGUGGAGUUUGUGAAUUAGUACCUUAUUUAUUUAUUUAUUUUUGUUUAACUAGCACCUUGAUUUCAAGGAAGUAUUAAAAACACCUCCUUAGCUCAACUUACUGUCUUUACUGACGAGAAAGUCAAUUUUUAGAGCAUUGACACCAUUUUCCACCAAUUUUUAGAGCGAGAUGUACACUCAAACACAAAAUCUCACACGCCUUCAC